UUUUGUGAUUUACAGUGUUGUACAAGAUUUAGAUUACGUUCUGGUCUCUGUAGCUUAAAAAGUCCAUUGCACUUAUACUAAAAGAACCCCAAAUAUGCCAACCAGUCAACCCUUACCACCUAAAGAGAAAACCCUGUUUAACAGGAUACUGAAAUGUUACGAGCAGAAGCAAUACAAAAAUGGUCUAAAGUUCGCCAAACAAAUUUUGUCCAACCCCAAAUUUGCAGAACAUGGAGAAACUCUAGCCAUGAAAGGUUUAACUUUAAACUGUACUGGCAAGAAAGAGGAAGCUUAUGAACUGGUGAAACGUGGGUUAAAAAACGACCUUAAGUCCCAUGUGUGUUGGCAUGUCUACGGUCUGCUUCAGAGAUCCGAUAAAAAAUAUGACGAAGCCAUAAAAUGUUACCGUAAUGCACUGCGCUGGGAUAAGGAAAAUCUCCAUAUCUUACGAGACUUAUCAAUGCUGCAAGUUCAUAUGAGAGACAUAGAAGGCUACAGGGAAACUAGGCACGCCCUGUUACAGCUGAAACCAGGACAACGUGCUCCAUGGAUUGGUUACGCCAUUGCUAAUCAUUUGCUAAAGGAUUACACGGUUGCUUUUAAAGUUUUGGAGGAGUUUGGAAAAACUCAACAGGAAAUGGUAUAUGAGCAUAGUGAGUUGCUCUUAUACCAGAACUACAUCCUACAAGAAGCUGGCUUGUUUCAACAAGCUAUAGAGCACUUGGAAACAAAUAAAGAGAAAAUUGUAGACAAGCUAUCUUGGCUUGAAUAUAAAGGCGAUCUUUGUGUUAAACUCGAACGUUUAGAAGAAGCUGAGAAAAUCUUUACCAGCUUAGUAAACAGGAAUCCUGAAAACCACAGCUAUUACCAGAAACUUGAAUCUGUUAUUAAGCCUUCAAAUGAAGUGGAGAGACUACAGAUAUAUGAUGCUGUGUCGGCCAUUUUUCCUAAAGCCGAUUCACCAAAAAGUCUUCCUCUUACAUUUUUAACGGGUCCCAUGUUUCAGGAGCGAGUUGACAAAAUCAUGAGAGAGCAAUUAAAGCGGGGUGUACCACCACUAUUUGUAAGCUUGAAACCAUUAUAUAAGGAGCAAGAAAAGGUUAAAUGCAUUGGAGAGAUAGCAGAGCAGUUUAUUCGAUCUUUGGAAGCAAAUUCUAAAUUCUCCCCUGAUGAUGAAGAAAUAGAACCACCAACUACUUUGUUAUGGGCGAGGUUUUUCUACGCACAACAUCUCGAUAAAAUAAAGGAAUACGAAAAAGCUUUACAAUUAAUCAAUGAGUCAUUGGAGCAUACACCUACACUCAUUGAACUUCAUGUUUUGAAAGCUAAAGUUUUAAAACAUCUGGGAGAUACAGCAGGAGCUGUGGCCAGCAUGGAUGAGGCUCAAUCGUUGGACACAGCAGACAGAUUCAUAAACUGCAAAUGUGCUGCUUAUAUGAUCAGGAAUGAUAUGAUAUCUGACGCUGAGGAAACAGCUGCUAAGUUUACGAGAGAGAAUGUAAGCAUAGAUGAAUACUUAAAAGAAAUGCAAUGUAUGUGGUAUGAGGUGGCAUGUGCAAGCGCACAUUCAAGAGCAAACAGAUAUGGUGAAGCCUUGAAGAAAUGUCAUGAAGUGGAUAAGCAUUUCACUGAAAUAAUUGAAGACCAGUUUGAUUUCCACCAGUACUGUAUGCGUAAAAUGACUCUCCGGUCGUACGUCAAGAUGCUUAAGCUGGAGGAUUCUCUACGUUCGCAUAGGUUUUAUUUUCAAGCUGCAAAAGCAGCAAUAAAGGUAUAUAUUCAUCUCCACGAUGAGCCUUACCAACCAGGAGAUCGUAUACAAGAUGAAAAGGAAUCCUCCAUGUCGAAUGCCGAGCUUAAAAAACUUCGUAACAAACAGAGAAGACAAGAAAGAAAAAAGGCAGCUGCUGAAGAGAGAAAAAAGAAUGAACAGCAUGAUAAAAGUGGAAAGAAAAAACAACAGGUGAAAAACAACAAAACUGAGGACGAUGCUGAAGUUAAAAAAGAAGAAGAAUUUGCUGCUGAAAAACUUGUAUCUAUUUCCAACCCUCUAGAACAGGCGCAAAAAUUUCUUGCACCGUUGGAGUUAUACUGCUCGGGCAAAUUUGAGACGCAUUACUUAGCCUUUCAAAUAGCUGAGCGGCGUGGCACGUUGCUUGUGAUGCUGCGUGCUUUGCUACGAGCGCAGAAAGUUGCCAAAGAAUCGGACAUGCCAAAUCUACACGUGUGUCGCGUACGCUUUGCAAAAAAAGUUCGUGAUGCAAAGGACCUACCAACAGCUGCCUCAGAAGUCAUAUCUCUCCACAUGAAGAUCAUAGGAUGUGACAUUGAUGUGGAAACACUAAACGAACAGUUCAUUGCGGCUAACCCGAACUCACUGACCCACAUAUUCGCAGGAGCAAGCUCACUCUACCAUUUGAAUUCUUCAAGGAAAGAUGAAGCAUUGAAAAUGAUCUUAAAUAUCAACAACAACAUGCAGAACGUAUCGCUGAAGGUUUGUGAAAUGGUUCUCCGAAGUUUACAAGGCAAACUAGACUUCGGCGUUGUGGAGUCCGACAUUGUGGCAGAAUUCCGCGAAAAGUGUCAUGCUAUUUUCCCGCGAGCGUGUUUUUUUCUCUCGCCCCAACUAGCCGCUGAACAGAACGGCAAAGUUAAUGGGCACCCGGCUGUUAAUGGUUUAGAUAGCAAUCCUGAAAGUGGGGAUUUGAAACCUGAACAUAAACAGGUGAACAACAAUUCUAACAAGCUUUGUGGGAUUGAAACAUCGGCCAGGGCAGAAGAUCACUGCUUACAAGUUGUGUGAUUGGCGCUAUAUCCAACGGCAUUGUUUCUUGUGUGAAUUCGCAGUUUCGGCUCUGGGUACGCGACCGAAUCCACUGUCCAUUAUUUAUGCGUGUGUCGGGCAGUUUAUUGUCGCUGGGACUUUGACAUUGGCUUGUACCCUUUUGGUUAAUGUACUGGGUCAUUAUCAAUUCUCUUAGCUGCCUUCUAUACAAGUGCAUGGUUUUUUGGUUCCCGCUUAUGCAUGUCGGUUUGCACACACAUGAUAGCAGAAUCAAACCCGCUAUUCCUCUUUUUGGGAAACCAAACUGCGUUUUUUUACCACAAGUAGCGACCGCGUUUUACCCUCUAUGAUAUUUUGCGUUUAAAUCAAAAAAACUGCGAACGUUGCAAGUUAAGACGUUUCAAUUACAAGUUCACCAAUUUGAGUACAGAAACCAUUAAUUAUAAAUUUAAAUACAA